UUUUUAUUUUCAGUCUAGGGUUUCUUUUUCUUUCUCUGUGACUUCUCUCAUAAAAACAAAAAAAGAUGAAUCAGUUGAUAAGGAGAUCAUGGAGUUUAAUGGGUUCUUCUUCUCCAAUUGUAUCGAAGCAGCAGACACUGAAUGCUUUGAUGAAAUCAAUGGAUUCACUUCAUUUGUUUCAAUCAUCUCAAACUAGUACUAGUAAUGGGUUAAUGGGGACGGCGGUUAGAGGAUUUCAUGUUUCAACUCCACUCCAAAUCAAGUCUUCUCCUACUGGUAAGGGAACAACCAAAUACCGUAAGCAUUUUAAAGGAACAAUGAAAGGAAUAGCUCAUCAAGGCAAUCAUGUCAGUUUCGGUAGUUAUGCUCUUCAGGCACUUGAUCACUCUUGGAUCACAGCUAAACAAAUAGAAGCAGGGAGAAGAGUAAUGACACGGUAUACUAAAGGUGGUGGAAAACUUUGGGUACGUAUUUAUGCCGACAAACCCGUUACACAAAAACCUGCAGAAGUGCGUAUGGGUAGGGGGAAAGGAAAUCCAGCAUUUCGAGUAGCUGUUGUUCAACCAUGUCGGAUAAUCUAUGAAAUUGGCGGAGUUACUGAAAAUGUAGCCAGAGAAGCUAUUAAGAUAGCUGCAUCUAAAAUGCCUAUAAAGACUCGGUUUCUUAUUGGAGACAAACGCCCCAAUGUCUGAUCCCUUGGCAGUUUAGUCACUUUCUGUAUGUCAUUAGUCUGCUUAUGUCUCGAAGAACAUGACAUUUCUCCAAGUUUUCAUUUUCUUUUAUGAUAUUCAGAGAAUUUAAAGUGUAUGGAAUUAGAUUUUUCGAUAUUGAAUUUGAGCGCAAUAUAUUACUGGCAGAUACCAAGUUAUAUC